UAAAAAGGCGAAAAGACUAAGGUAUCGAGAAUAUCUGUUGGGUGACCUCAAUGAAAAGGAACGAAAAGAUGCACUAAAGAAGUUAAAGGAAAAUGGAGGAUAUACUAACAUAGCAUUCGACCCUUCGGAUGAACCAGAUCUCGAAGGGCUUAUGAUUCCAUUGGAGGAAGCAAAUGCUGCAGAUAUUGAAGUUUUAAGUCAAACUUUAGAAGACAAUACUCCUGUUGAGGAGGAAAUACCAAUGUUGGAGAUUAAACAUUCCGUUUCAACGCCAGGAACUACUAAGAAAAACCCAAAUACGACACACCUAUCACUGGAAGACAAAUAUAAACACAUACCAUAUAUAGACAAAGAUUCCAUGUCUGAUACAUCAUCACUCAUGAGAUUCUUUCAACACAUAUCUGACGAAAGCUGAUAUACACCAAAAGUACAUUCUUGAAUGAAAGUCCAAACGAACAUAGACAAAAUACUCCAAAAUGAUUCCUUGGUUAGACAGGGUUACUCUACUAAUCAAAUGCAUGCAUCUAAUUCAUUCCUUAAUGGUAAAAUAAAAUAAACGCUCACAUGCUCAUAAAAGUAAAAUGGAAUAUCUUC